UUCGGGGCGUGGCCUCGUCUCAGGACAGACUGAGACACUGAGGCCAAACAAAGAGCGGCCUGAUCCUCCUGCCUCGCGCUUUAUCCCGGAAAACGAGCUGCUUUUGUGUGUUUUUUGUGUGUUUCGUGUGUUUUUCGUGUGUUUUUUUCCCAGGACGUUUGGACUCAGAGUUUCUCUUGUGUUUGGCCCGUGGCUCUUCACCAUGUGCCCUGAGGUUUGCACCGUGCGCCCCGCGGCUGCGCUUCUGCUUCUGUCUCUGCUUAAAGUGGCGGUGAGUAUCCAGGUGAUCGUCCCGGAGACGGAGCGCUCCACGGCGCUCUUUGGCUCUGUAACGCUGCGCUGUGAUUACUCCACCUCCUCCAGCAGUCAGGACGUCAUAGUCACGUGGAAGUACAAGUCCUUCUGCAAAGACCCUGUCCUCGAGUAUUACUCCACAGCGUACCAGUCUGCCCUGCAGCUGGGCCAGGAUCCCGCCAAUGACUGUAGUGACAGUCAGCGCACCGUGCGCACCGUGGUCCAGAAAAAAGGGACCGGUGAGGCCAUUCUGGGGGGAGAGUACCAACAACGCAAGAUCACCGUUCUGAACAAGGCCGACCUGCAGAUCACAGAGGUGAUGUGGUGGGACAACGGCAUGUACUUCUGUCAGGUGGACGCUCCUGGAGACACGGUUGGCGACAACGACAAAGAAAUCAAACUCAUUGUUUAUCACUGGCUGGUGGUCUUGUUCAUCAUCAUCGGGGUGCUGCUUCUUCUGAUGCUCUGCUGUAUCUGCUGCUGUCAGUGCUGUCCUCAGGCCUGCUGCUGCUACGUCCGCUGCCCCUGCUGUCCACAGCAGUGCUGCUGUCCUGAGAAACUGGUGAUGCAGCAUCGUAUGAUGAAGGACGCUCAGAGGGCCAUGGCCCCCUGGAUGGGAGGACCACCAAUGUACGCCCCGAUGAGCCAGAUGUCGUCUCAGAUGAACCCUGUUCUUUAUUCAGGGUCAGUUUCAGGGAAGAGCCUCCCCAUGAAGCCGAUGCCCCUUCCCCCUCCCCAGUCGUCGGCCUACAGCAUGCCCCCGCCCAGCGCUCGCAGCAACAACACAAACCAGAUGCUGGACUACCUGGAGAGCCAGGUGCGGGGGAUGGACGUGAACACCCCCCUGAUGCAGGCGCAGCCAAUGCCCCCUCCCCACAUGCAGCAGAUGCCCCCUCCUCCACAGCACAUGCCCAACCGCGUCCCUUUCUCCCCGGGACCUCCCAGCAUGCUCUCGGCUCUGGAUGACGUCCCAAACGAGCGCCGGGUCAUCACGCUCCCACCAAUCAGGGCAGAGCAGAGCAGGGCCGCACCGCCGGCGCCCAAAACGCGCCCUCCGAGCUCCAGUGAAAGCAGUCGCAGCGGGUUUGGGCGUCAGGACGGACGCGGGGCCGGGGGAAGGCGUUACCCCUCACCGACCCGUUCCAGGGGCAUUCCCAGGAGUUACAGCGAGGAGUCUCUGAACGGGAGGGGCCGCUCGGGGGCCAGAGGCGGCAUGGACCGCCCCCGCUCCAGAUCCAGGGACGACCUGUUCGACAGCAGGUCCCGGAGUAACUACUCCCCUCCUGCGACCCGAAGGUCCCGAGGAUCCUGGAGCUCUGACGAGGAGAGUCGCAGAGGAGGCGGGCGAAGGGGCGGAGCCUAUGGCGACAAACCGCCGAGCUACACCGAAUAUGAGCCGGAACAGAAACCACGGGGGCGGAGGAACGACCGCUAUAAUGACGCCCGCUCUCGAACUGGCACCAGUGUCGUCAUCUGAGUCGUCAAGCUGUGAAUCUGAAGGUUUUUUAAAAGAGCGUCCACACCUCAAAACAAACUAUAGGCCGUAAAUAAGUUUGAAAUAGUGACCUGUCGUCUUUUUAAUUUGUAGCUUAAAUGAAACAUUGAAGUUCUUUGUCAGUAGUUCGUAGUUUCAGUUUCUCGGUGUGAAGGGACUUUACUCAGGACAAUUCUGUCGCCAAUUAAAGAUAAAUCGUACAAAUGUUUUAUGCCUCCUCUGCCCUUUUACAUUUUGUUCUGUAAAUAGUGUUUUCAUUUUAGAUGAAUGUUUAAAUUUGCACGUUAAAUGAAUACUGCAUAUGCAUUUGUGUACUUUUGAAUAACUGUUACUGCAUCAGUUUGAAGCUGGACUUUCUGUGAGAAAUGUUACAAAUUCCACUGUUCCACAGAUUUAAGUUAUUUAAACUAAGAAGGAAAAUGUGUUUAUAAGAGACAGAUUAAGGAACAUGUGAUUUAAUGUUUAGUGCAUUUUAAAAAAUGAUUUUACUUUUUUAAUAACUGUUUGCACUGUUCAUUUUAUUUGAAUAAAUGUUUUUUUUUAAAUUGAUUUUUUAAAUUUGUUCAGCACAGUAUUGUAGCAUAUUCUGCAUUUUGUUCACACGCUUUUCCCUGGAUAUAUUACAUUUAAAUGACAAAUGGAACAUGAUGUUUUGCUUUUGUCUUUAAAUGUGUAAAAGUGUUUACAUUUAGUGAACCACCUGUCAAAAAUGUCUUCGAAAUGCGAGUCUUAAGGUUUUAGAAAGACAAAUGUGUAAAUAAAUACUGCAGAACUGGAGCGUUUAAAAGAAACAUCUGA